AUGGCAUGUACGAAAAUAUUUUCGGGAGAUUUACCCGAAAUAACAAAUGAAAUUAUGCGAUAUUUUCGAGAUGACUUUUCUACAUUAUAUUCAUGUAUUCUAGUUAAUAGAUUAUGGUGUCGGUUGGCAAUUCCAUUAUUAUGGGAAGAUCCAUUUUCAUUGAAAAAUCCCAAAAAUUAUCGUUAUAUUGAAGUUUACUUAUAUAAUUUAAAUGAUGAUGAUAAAAUACAAUUAAAUGGAUAUGGAAUUAGUAAUAAUUUAUUUCCUUCAAAUACUUUAUUUAAUUAUUCCAGUUUUAUUCAACACUUAGAUACUCGUAAAAUCAGUAAUUCUAUAGAAAAGUGGGUUUCAACUAUUUUUAUUAAUAAUACUACACAAAAUUUAGAUUUUAUAAAAUUUAUCCAUAAGUUAUUGAUCAAAAUAUUCGAUGAAAAUGAAGCAACUUUACAUACUCUUUAUGUUACAUAUAAAGGUUCUUACCGUGAUGCUAUCGUUUCUGAAUUAGUUUUAAGAAGUUCAAAUUUCAUUUGUAAUGUUAGGAACCUUUAUCUUAAAAUCAACAAAUGUAAUGCAACUGAUAUAAACCCAUUUUUAAAUUUUUUAAGUUCUAAUUGUAAUUCGAUUUCAUCACUUGAUUUCUUAUUUUCACGUUGUUAUCAAAAAUUUGAAAAAAAAUUAUGUAAUAUAAUUGAUUCACAACAAAAUCUCAAAAAAAUUUCAUUGAAUUUUAAUAGCCUUCCUUUAUAUCAUUCAUUAUUAUCAUCAAAGAAUCCUAAUUUUACAAAUACUUUAAGAACAAUUAUAUUUUAUCAUAUUAAUUUUGAAAAUAUAGUUGUCUCAAAUGAGAUAUUUAAACAAUUAAGUGUUUUAGAAUCUAUUCAUAUUCUUUAUUGUUAUUCUCUAGAUUCUUUUCAACAAAUUACUAAUUUAACUGAUCCAUUUAAAUUAAAAUCUUUAUUUAUGGCAGAAUCUUUUACUGAAUCAUUACAAUUAUUAUUACAAAAAUCUGGUGAUUACUUAGAAAAUUUUGGAUUGGAAUUAUUAAGACAAGAACAAAAGAUAUUGGAAUUAAUCAUAAAAUAUUAUAGUAAGAAAAUCAAAUUCUUAAAUUUUUGCGAACUUGAAGAUCAGAAUAUUUAUAAAAUAUUCCAAUUAAUAGAAAAAGUUGAACUAAGUCUUAAUUAUCUCACUAUCGAUACUAAUUGUAAUGUUAAUCUUGGUUCAAUUGUAUUGCAACAUUUAGGGCAAAUUCUUCCCUCUAAAUUAGAAUAUUUAAAUUUGAUUCUUAUAAUUAAACCAAAUGAUUUUAAAACUUUUUUGAAAAAUUUACAAAAUACUUUUAUUAAGAAAUUAUUAAUUAAUAAUAUCGAAAAAGAAGAGCAAGAAGAUAUUUUAUCUUAUAUAAAGGAAUAUAUUAUGAAAAAGAAAAGAAGUGAAUAUUUAGCUUUAUUAGAAUGUUUUACCGUACAAAGUUACUACACUGAAGUUGAUUUAUAUUCUUUAAAAGAUGAAGUUAAAGAAUUUAGAUUACAUAAUAUCAUAGUUCAAAAUUAUAAUGAUUUAGAUAUUGAAACUCAUAAAUUUAUACAUGAAAUGUAUUAA